AUGUCAAUUAUCAAUCAUCAAAACGAAUUCGAUGAAGCUAAACAUGUUGAAGAAUUACAAAAUCAAUUACAAAAUGCUCUUCAAAAAGAAUAUCAAUCUUAUUCAUCACCAUCAUCUGAAUUAUCACCAUUAUCUGAAUUUAAUUCAUCAUUGGUAUCAACUAAUGAAAAUCAAUUAACUGAAAAUGAAUAUGAUUUUUGGUCUGGUAUGAAUAACGAUUAUUCUUGUGCAUCAAUUGAAGCUUGUCAUGAUCAGUUAUUAACUGAAGAUGAAUCAACUCCAUCUGAUGCAUCAACUCCAUUAGAUCAAGAUCAGGAUAUUAUUACUAAACUUUUAUCUUAUUCAAUUCCCUCUUCAAAUACAACAACUGCACCUUCAACUGCUGGUGGUAGUGAAAUUACAAAAUUAUCAUCAAUUUUAAAUCCUACAACUGGCCCUACAUUUUCAAGUUUUUCAGUUCAAUCUUCAAGUGCUACUGCACCUUCUAUUGCUGGUAGUGAAAUAAAAUUAUCAUCUACUUCAAAAAUUAAAACUACAUUUGGUCCAGUCGUUUUAAUAGGUAUUGAUUUAAAAAAGAAUCUUUUAAAAAGAUAUACCAAGAAUACAAUCACUCAAAUUAAGUUAUGUGAUUCAGAUUUAUACUGCGAUCAUUGUUCAAUCAAAUUUAAUGAUUAUCUUGAUUUAAUUAAUCAUUGUAAUGAAUUUCAAUUAAUGAAUUUACUUGAUAAAAGGUGGAAUAAAUGUCCAGUUAAAGAAUGCCCAUUACAUUUAAUUGGAUCAAGAAAAAAAGCAGAUAUGAGGCAUCAUGUUCAUCAACAUCAUGUUGUAAUGGGGUUAAUUCCAAAGAAGUAUAAAAAAUAUGAAACUGAUAUUAAAGAAUUAUUAUUUGUUUGUGAUUAUUGUUCAAAGGGUUUUUAUAGAAGUGAUUCAUUAACUAGACAUGUUAAAUUAGUUCAUGAAAAGAAAAAGGAAAAAAUGGUUAUUAAUUAA